UGAGGAGUGAGGACAUGCAGCAGCUGCAGAAAUAGAACGAGUUUUACUGCACAUUACUCCUCAUUAAUAGCGACACUGGCUGCGUCUCUCACACAGAAACUGUAGAGUUCAUAUUAAUAAUGUCUACAGAAGCCGCUCCGGAUCAGGCUGUGGAGUACAUCCCAGAGAAGGUAAAGAAGGCAGAUAAGAAGUUGGAAGAAAACCCAUAUGACCUGGACGCGUGGAGCAUACUGAUUCGAGAAGCACAGAACCAACCCAUAGAUAAAGCAAGGAAGACCUAUGAGAGACUUAUCACACAGUUUCCCAGCUCGGGCAGAUUCUGGAAGCUUUACAUUGAAGCUGAGAUCAAGGCUAAAAACUAUGACAAAGUUGAAAAGUUAUUUCAGAGGUGCCUCAUGAAGGUCCUGCACAUUGACCUGUGGAAGUGUUACCUUUCAUAUGUGAGAGAAACCAAAGGAAAGCUGCCCAGCUACAAGGAAAAGAUGGCACAAGCAUAUGAUUUUGCCCUGGACAAAAUAGGCAUGGAGAUCAUGUCGUACCAGAUUUGGGUGGACUAUAUCAACUUUCUUAAAGGAGUUGAGGCAGUGGGCUCGUACGCAGAGAAUCAACGCAUUACUGCCGUGCGACGAGUCUAUCAGAGAGGCUGCGUCAACCCCAUGAUCAACAUCGAACAGCUCUGGCGAGAUUACAGCAAAUAUGAAGAGGGGAUCAACGUUCAUUUAGCCAAAAAGAUGAUUGAAGACCGGAGCAGGGAUUACAUGAAUGCUAGGAGAGUUGCUAAGGAGUAUGAGACUGUGAUGAAGGGUUUGGACCGCAACGCACCAUCCGUGCCUCCUCAGAACUCCCCACAGGAGGCCCAGCAGGUGGAGAUGUGGAAGAAGUACAUCCAGUGGGAAAAAAGCAAUCCACUGCGGACAGAAGACCAAACCCUCAUCACUAAAAGAGUCAUGUUCGCCUUUGAGCAGUGCCUAUUAGUGCUCGGCCAUCAUCCGGACAUCUGGUACGAGGCUGCCCAGUAUCUGGAGCAGUCCAGCAAGCUGCUGGCAGAGAAAGGGGACAUGAACAAUGCCAAACUGUUCAGCGAUGAGGCUGCUAACAUUUAUGAACGUGCCAUUUCAACUCUACUGAAGAAGAACAUGCUGCUGUAUUUCUCCUUUGCUGAUUAUGAGGAGAGUCGUAUGAAGCAUGAGAAAGUUCACAGCAUAUACAACCGCCUUGUAGCCAUCGAGGACAUCGACCCAACUUUGGUUUACAUUCAGUAUAUGAAGUUUGCCAGGAGGGCCGAGGGGAUCAAGUCAGGUCGUUCCAUCUUUAAGAAAGCCAGAGAGGAUGUUCGGACACGGCACCAUGUUUACGUCACAGCUGCUCUAAUGGAGUAUUACUGCAGUAAGGACAAAUCAGUGGCCUUUAAAAUCUUUGAACUUGGUCUGAAGAAGUAUGGAGACAUCCCUGAGUAUAUACUGGCAUAUAUCGACUAUCUGUCUCACCUUAAUGAGGACAACAACACAAGAGUGCUCUUCGAGAGGGUUCUCACUUCUGGAAGUCUUUCUUCUGAAAGAUCCGGUGAGAUCUGGGCCCGCUUCCUGGCAUUUGAGAGUAACAUUGGAGACCUAGCCAGUAUCCUGAAGGUGGAACGCAGGCGUUUCAUGGCUUUUAAGGAAGAAUAUGAGGGCAAGGAGACGGCUCUGCUGGUGGACAGGUACAAGUUCAUGGAUCUGUACCCCUGCUCCGCCAGCGAGCUCAAAGCCCUCGGAUACAAGGAUGUUUCUCGGGUCAAAUAUGCUGCUCUGAUCCCAGAGGCUGUUGUUGCUCCGUCGGCUCCCACGUUAAAGGAUGACGUUGACCGUAAACCAGAGUAUCCCAAACCUGACACAAACCAGAUGAUCCCUUUCCAGCCCAGACACCUCGCCCCUCCUGGUCUGCACCCGGUUCCUGGAGGAGUGUUUCCAGUGCCUCCUGCUGCUGUUGUCCUCAUGAAGCUGCUGCCCCCUCCAAACUGUUUUACGGGUCCAUUUGUCCAGGUGGAUGAGCUGAUGGAGACGUUCAGGAGAUGCAUACUGCCAGAAAGUGUAGAAGCUGCUGUUGAGUUGAUCACUGGAGGUCGAGGGGAAGUACCCGGAGAGGGGAACGGCCCUGUCGAAAACCACACACUCGCUAACAAAUCACUAAAGAGGCCCAACGCUGACUCAGAUGAUGAGGAGGAAAAAGGUGCCAUUGCUCCUCCAGUGAACGAUAUCUACCGUGCCAGGCAGCAGAAGAGGAUCCGAUGAGUCCUGAACAAAAAAACAUCACCAGUACUGACUGUAAUAUUUUACUGGUCUCAUUCUCUCCAGAGACGGGGCUCUUAGCCUCCCCCUUCAUGGAACAUUUUUACUGAGAGUGUACGCCCACAAACGCACGCAGGUGUGUCGAGGACUAAAACAUCGAGGACACGCCCCAUCUGUGUUCCUAAUAUUUUUUGUGUUUUUGAGGUUUGAUUCUUUUUUUAAGAAACAGUUUUAUUUUUAAAACUGACUGGCUUAUGAUGUAUAAAGUUUUUAUUCUGGAUGUUGAUUUGACACGUAGUUCAGAGUCGUGUAAUGUCCCGGUGAAAUCACGUCAUCAUGACAUCGUUUUGUAGUCGAAUGGAGGUCACGCAUCUUCACUUCCAAUAAAACAAAAGGAAAAAGUCA